GAAGCGACUCCACCCCUCCUCCGGUCACUAAGAUGUCUCCGGUUUCCAACAAGUUCGAAGGCAUUCCUCAGCAGCAAAGCACUACUUCAAGCAACACAAAGUCUACACUUGGUCCAAGAGUUCUUCCCAAACUACCUCAGAAAGUGGCGCUGCGCAAGAUUGACACCAUUCACCAUCCGUCUGUGGAUAAACCCAGCCUUCCUCCGGAGGUCUUCCAGAAGUCCCCCCCAGCAACUGAAACCACUCACAAGACCCCUCCGGCAGAGAGGCCUCAGCUGGGCGAUCUGCCCCCCAAYCCACAGGUGUCCGAACUCCCCCCGAAACCCGGAGAGCUCCCUCCGAAGCCGCUGCUSUCCGACCUCCCUCCUAAACCCCAGCUGGGAGACCUUCCACCAAAACCGCAGCUCAAAGAUCUCCCUCCAAAACCUCAUCUUGCCGACAUCCCCCCCAAACCAGGAACAGCGGAGUCUUCCCCCAGGCCACCCCCAGGAGAUUCAGCUCAGAGGCCACAAACGCAACCUCCGCCCCCGCCUCAGACUCACACGCAGCCUCCGCCUCAAGACUCGCCGUCUCCCAAUCAACCGGCAAUUAUAGGAACUCCAACUACACAGCAACCGGCCGAGGACACCAACGGGACCCCGCCGGGGACCGCUGAGACUCCAGUGCCKCUACCAAGAAAGAUUAACACAGGGAAGAAUAAAGUCCGUCGGGUGAAAACGAUCUACGACUGCCAGGCCGACAACGARGACGAGCUGACGUUUGUCGAAGGAGAGGUGAUUAUUGUUACAGGAGAGGAGGACCAGGAGUGGUGGAUUGGACACAUUGAAGGAGAUCCGGACAGGAAAGGGGUGUUCCCCAUGUCUUUUGUGCACAUCUUAAGUGACUGACAGCCAGACAGACUUGCACUACACCUCUCUCUAAACCGAGAGUUCAUGUAAAUACCUAUCAAAUGGUAACACCCCUGGUCACACGACAGGUGAAAAAAAAUAUGAAGAAAAAAAAUCAACGAUGAAGAAAAACCCAAGAAGGCUUAUCUAGACCUGGAUGCCACAUCCACGCUGUACAAAGAAUGUGUGUAUUCUUCCUCUACCAGUAUUAUCUUAACCCUAUAGCAUGGCUGAGACAAAGCCACUCUCAAAAACCCUAGCACUUACCUGAAAGUCUAUGUUUAUGCUGUUCCUGUGUAUAUAUGUAUGUAAAUAUAUAUAUUUGUGUGUGAGUGUAWAUACAUGUUUUAUUGUACAAAACAUGUACUGUUGCUCUCUGCCUGUCAGAUUAAGCAUCAGGUUAGUAGAGUCUGAAUUUUAUCUGUAUUAAUUUACUGGCCCUUGAGUAAUUAUCAGCUUAUAUUUCUGGAACAAGAAGAAAAAAGACAAAUAUGAAAUGGAAUGUGAAAUAGGUCAUUAUGUCAUUAUUUGUCUUGCAUCCCUGUUUACCACCAUAGUUGACUGAAAGAGGCAGGAGUCUCCCCACUGAUCUUCCCGAGAUGAAGAGUUUUCAUUAAAUGUACUCCUCGUUCUUGCUUGCUUUUUUUUGUGUGUGUWACACGUAUUCUGGUUGUUUUACCGUACAGAAACCUGCUGCUACUGUGUGGUGGAAUAUCAAAGCCUGUGGUUCACUGUAGGUCACUAAUUUACUCCUUGUUACACUGUUCACUGUACGUGUGCUCUGUGUGUGUGAACGCGACGCCAUCUCAGUCCUUUUGACCUUUUUUUUAUUAUUAUUAUUGUUCUGUGCAUGGUGUAACAACUGGAAAUGAGUGGAGUGCUGCGUUCAAACGCCUCAGGGUUUGAAGAGCCACUAUUGAAAUUUAGCAGGACUACACAAAACGUAUCCUGUUGUUUAAGCCACUAGUAUGGGAAUCUGAAGGACAUCUUAGCAAUAACUUGAUUUUCACACAGGCUAGGAGUUUCACGACCUGUGUUCACGGUUCAGUGUCUUGUAAAACCUCAUGAGCUUGAAUUUUUUUGUUUUGUUUUUCUAAUUUUGGGUUUAGUUUGAAUCAUGUAUUAUCAUUCCAUGUUACUGGACUCAGUACAUUUCCAGGCUGCCUGUAAAACCAGAAAUGUCUCUUAAAUGAAGAUUUGAGACGAUGCAUUUUCACCCAGUCCUCACAGACUUGCAGUUCUUCCCAUAUUAAAAAGGAACAAACCCAUCAACCCAUUGUAUCAAUUAAAAGUGCUGUACUUAAAACUGA